AUGGGUCAGGAGCUGUGUGCAAAGAGGCUACAGCAGGGAUGCAGUUGCUACCACCGUUCGGAGGGAGGGGAAGCAGACAGCUGUCGGAGAAGCCAGCCUGGGAGCGCCGAGGCUGCUGCGUUCGAGCUAACAGACAGAAAAGGAGCAUCAUGUUCCACGGCUUCAUUUUACCCCAUGGGACUCCAGGCUGUCGGUAGCCAGAAGCUGGAGAGGAAAAGGCCACGGAGCAACAGUGAUUCUUUUCAGGAAGAGAAUCUGAGGCAGGGGUUGCCAUGGAAGAAGAGCCUCCCCUUUGGGGCAGCCUCAUCUUACUUGAACUUGGAGAAGCUGGGUGAAGGUUCUUACGCCACGGUUUACAAGGGGAUUAGCAGGAUAAACGGACAACUGGUAGCUCUGAAAGUCAUCAGCAUGAACGCAGAAGAGGGCGUCCCUUUCACAGCCAUACGGGAAGCCUCUCUCCUGAAGGGACUGAAGCACGCCAACAUUGUCCUCCUGCACGACAUUGUUCAUACCAAGGAGACUCUGACAUUCGUGUUUGAAUACUUGCACACAGACCUGGCUCAGUACAUGUCUCAGCAUCCUGGAGGCCUUCAUCCUCACAACGUCAGGCUUUUCAUGUUCCAGCUUCUGCGGGGCCUGGCGUACAUCCACCACCAGCACGUUCUUCACAGAGACCUGAAACCUCAGAACCUGCUCAUCAGUCACCUGGGAGAGCUCAAAUUGGCUGAUUUUGGUCUUGCUCGAGCCAAGUCCAUUCCUAGCCAGACGUACUCUUCGGAAGUGGUGACACUCUGGUACCGGCCACCUGAUGCCCUGCUGGGAGCCACCGAGUACUCCUCGGAGCUGGACAUAUGGGGCGCAGGCUGCAUCUUUAUUGAAAUGUUCCAGGGUCAGCCUUUGUUUCCUGGGGUUUCCAACAUUCUGGAACAGCUGGAGAAGAUCUGGGAGGUCCUGGGGGUCCCUACGGAGGAUACGUGGCCUGGCGUCUCCAAGCUGCCUAACUACAAUCCAGAAUGGUUCCCGCUGCUUAAGCCUCAGAGACUGCAGAUUGUGUGGAGCAGGCUGAGUGGAGUUCCUGAAGCUGAAGACUUGGCCUCCCAGAUGCUAAAAGGCUUCCCUAGGGACCGUGUCUCGGCACAGGAAGCACUUACGCACGAUUAUUUCCGUGUCCUGCCAUCCCAGCUGUACCAGCUUCCUGACGAGGAGUCUUUGUUUGCAGUUUCGGGAGUGAAGCUGAAGCCAGAAAUGUGUGACCUUUCGGCCUCCUACCGGAAGGGUCACUACCUAGCCGGCUUUAACAAAUGCUGGUGA